ACUCAAAAAUAUUUACAAAAAGGCGGGAGAAGUAGAUCUAAAUUGCGUGACUUACCCCAGCAAAACGCUAAGACGCCAAAAUAGCGCGCUCGACGGUGUUUUCUGUGGCGAUGAUGACCCAUGGCUCUGACCUUAAUGUUGCGAUGUUUCGUAUCCGAAAAUUUGACGUAAGUAGUUGAACGUACCUUAAGAUCUUCAUAAAUAUAUUUAAAACGGGGAAGACUAUGAAGACAGGGGAAGUCGCAGGAUAAGUUUGUGGACCUGUGGCACAUGUUAAAAAUAGCUUCCGGUGACCUGUGGUACGCAUACAAAGAUCGAAUCACGUGGUGUUGACGCUUGCGUACUAGUCGUCACUGGAGACUUAGCGUUUUCUUUGUCCUUCGCUUUUCGUUGGAGAACGACACUUAGAAAAAAUUUCGUCCAAUUUCUUGCCGGAAUGAACGGAGAAACCAACCAACAUCUCGCUCAGUUGAAACACUCGGCGGCGAAUGAAGGGGUUUCUGAAGAUGAUGAUGUUCCACUGGCGCAGAGGAAACAAAAGCCGGUCGGGAACGAAGGCCCCGACAGGAAGAAAAUCAAACUUACACCCUCUCACGAUGGAGAAAGGUCUUUGCACAGUCCAUCUAAACAAGUGAAACUGAAUGACAGUAUGAACUGGUCACCACACAAGGUACAUGUCAAUUCUGAAGUGAAACAGGAUCACAACCGAUCACCUGGAAUGAAGUCACUUCAAGAUGUCAAAAAGGAAAUCCCAUCACCAGCAAAACAUGUACAUGCUGCGUCAAGUCAUGCUGUAAGUGAUGAUGAUGAUGAUGUCCCCUUGGCUGCCAGGACCCAACACAAGGUGAAGACCGAGCUCAAAAGUCCAUCCUCAAAACCAGUGAAAUCAGCAUUGAACAGUGCUGUGGAUGAGAAAGGCAAACCUGAAAAACAUGAUAAAGCAAAGAAUGGAAAACUCAUAAAACCCGAGAAAAAACUUGACAAGAAACUGGAUGUUGUAAAAAAGCAUGAUUCUCCAAAAAAGGCAAAGAAAUCUGAGAGUGGAAAGGCCUCAAAGAAACCAGUUGAAAGUGAUGAUGACGAACCCUUGUCUGCAAGAUUGGACAAGACUCCCACAAACAAAAAGCGUGCAAAGUCUUCUGGAUCAUCUAGUGCAAAGCGCAAAAGGAAGAAGAGUGCUAGCUAUGAUGACAGUGACAGUGGUGAGGACAGUAAGCCAUUGGCAAAGAGUGCCAAGAAAAGUGCAACAAAGUCAGCAAAGAAAGAGGACAAGGGUGGAUCAGUGAAAAAGAAAGCCAAGAAAGAAGGGAAGGACCUAAAAUCAGAGAAAGAGGAGAAGGGAAAGAAAAAGAAAGAAGAAGAGAAAGAAGUUUGGAAAUGGUGGGAAGAAGAGCAACUUCCUGAAGGUGUAAAAUGGUUACACAUGGAACACAAGGGACCGUACUUUCCGCCUGCGUACGAGCCUCUGCCUGCCAGUGUGAAGUUUUAUUAUGAUGGGGACCAUAUGCAGCUUAGUGUACAAGCAGAGGAGGUUGCAUCAUAUUAUGCUAGGAUGCUUGACCAUGAUUACACUAGCAAAGAAAUCUUCAACAAGAACUUCUUUGAAGACUGGAGGAAAGAGAUGACAAGUGAAGAGCGCAAAGUGAUCAAAGAUCUCAAGAAGUGUGACUUCAAAGAAAUGCAUGCACACUUUGUGAAGAAAGCGGAAGAGAGAAAAAAUUGGACAAAGGAACAAAAACUGGAACUGAAAAAAGAAAACGAGGAAAUUUUAAAUGAGUAUGGCUACUGUCUCAUGGAUGGGCACAAACAGAGAGUGGGCAACUUCAAGAUUGAACCUCCUGGCUUGUUCCGAGGACGUGGAGACCAUCCAAAGCAGGGAAAGUUUAAGAAGAGGACGAUGCCCGAAGAUGUUAUCAUAAACAUUGGCGAAGGUGCCAAAGUUCCUGAAGCUCCUGAAGGGCACAAAUGGCAAAAAGUUAUUCACGAUAAUAAGGUUUCCUGGCUAGCUUGUUGGGUAGAGAACAUUCAAGGAAGUUACAAGUAUGUCAUGUUGAAUCCCACAUCCAGGUUAAAGGGUGAAAAGGACUGGCAAAAGUAUGAAACGGCAAGGAAAUUGAAGGACUGUGUCAAAAGAAUUAGAGAGGAUUAUGAAAGGGACUGGAAAUCAAAAGAAAUGAGACUGCGACAGAGAGGUGUUGCUCUCUACUUUAUUGACAAGCUUGCUCUUCGUGCUGGGCAUGAAAAGGAUGAAGAAACAGCUGACACUGUAGGCUGCUGCUCGUUGAGAGUGGAGCAUAUCAAAUUACACGAAGAGUGGGAAGACAAGGAGAAUGUUGUUGAGUUUGAUUUCCUUGGUAAAGACUCUGUGCGUUAUUGGAACUUUGUGCCAGUGGAAAAGAAGGUAACCUUUCUCUAAUCCAUGCGAGGUUUGUGCGUACAUGUAUCUUUGUCUUCCUUACUUUCACUAAUCAACGAAAGUAUUUAUACAGUUCCACUGGGAAGAUUUUGAUCUUUGGUUAUCUAAGGAACAGCGGGUUCAGACGUUUACAGUCAAACCAAGUGAAGCGUACCCCUCAAGAUUACUUUGAUGAUUGGAAGUGACUAUUUGAAUAUUGA